AUGACUCGAGCCACGCCCGACGAUAUAGCGCGCAGUGUGAACGACGUCUACAAAUCUUUUCCAGCCCGUCUGCGCCCUGACAUACGUCCAAAUGGUGCUCUGGAAUGGACUAUUUUGGCUGGAUUUGUGCUGCAAUCGGUGGAGGACGAACACUUGAACUGCGUCUCUGCCGGCGUCGGUAUGAAAUGCCUGCCUGCGUCUAGAAUUCCGCUGCACGGAGAUAUGCUGCACGAUACCCACGCUGAAAUACUAGCAAAGCGCGGCUUGGCCAAGUGGAUCCUCAAUGAGCUUUCUAGUAUUGAGGCGGGAAAUUCGUCGGCGUAUCUCGAUUACAGCGAGCACAACGAGCAAAAAACACACACUACGCGCACCCCCAAACACUCAUUCAAGGCUGGUGUACAAGUAUAUCUCUACAUAUCUGCUCUGCCAUGUGGAGAUGCGUCGAUGGCACACACGGCUGACAGCCAGGAUGCACAAGAAGCCGCAUACUACAGUGCGAUACCAGCCUUGAGGGGUUUCGAUGGGGUUGCGGGUGCAGCGGGUGCAGCGAGUGCAGCGAGUGAAGCCACUGCCACUUCUGUAACGCGCGGAAGAAUGGACUACACGAAAAGAGGUUCAAUACGAACCAAGCCAGGCCGCGCCGAUGCCGGAUCCACCAACAGUCUCAGCUGUUCCGACAAACUGGCUACAUACACCCUCUUAGGCGUGCAGGGGGGCCUGCUUGCGAAUAUCAUGCAGCCGGUGUACAUCCACAAUAUUGUUAUCGGCGGUGUCAGCAGUGUGGAUGGGGAGGGGCGCCAAAAGUACCUCUCUGAAUGCCACCGCUCACUCUAUCUACGCGUGGAGGAAAGCGUGCGAGAGAGCGCGAAGGAAAGCGCUCAAGCUAGCCCAUCGCGCUUGGAUACGCCAACAGACCACUUGCACUUGCACUUGCACUUGCACAGACCGGUGAUCGCAUUCACGGAGGUGCGUUUCUGCCACGCCAAGGAGGAGGUGGAAGCGCGUGCACGUGCAAGUUCAAGCCAAGAUGCGAACGAACACCCACACCCACCCGUACUUCCCGCCAUGCACUGCGCCAACUACGUAGCAGGCGAUUCACCCCUACAGACAGAAUUGGUGAUAGGGGGUCUGAAGAACGGCAACUUCCGACGCCGCGGCGGCGGGCCGUACUGGUGGAAAUACAGAUCCCGUUUGUGCAGAUUAGACCUGAUGCGGCACUAUCUCAGUCUGGAAUGUGUGAAGGGAGUUAAGAGCGUGAAGAAAGGAGAGAGGGAGAGGGAGAGUGACGUAAAGAGCGGCAAGGAGGAUGACGCCGACGACAAUACCAACCCCACUUACUUCCAACUCAAGCACUCGGAAGCAUCCAACACUUACCGCCGUCUGAAACACCUCCUCCGCACUCCGCCAUCCCUCUUCUCCGAGUGGAUAGUGACUCAUCCGAAGCAUGCCCAUUUCGACAGCGAGGGGCGCAUCAAUAGUGAUGGAAAUCGUCAACAGCGUAAAGUAAAGUAG